AUAGCUUAUGGAGGUAAAAAUAGAUUUUUCAUGGCUCGUGUCGUGAGUCGUGAGCAAUAAGGGGGCCCUAAUGAUUAAUUUUCUCAUCUCAAUUCCUCCGCAAAAUUAUCUUUUUUGGUGAAUUCUUCCGCAAAUUCAAAUUCCCGCCUAACGGGAAAGUGAAAGAAAAUCGAAAAUUCCACAAUCAGAAAAUUCAAAUUCUCAUUUUCACAGAAAAUUGAAAUGUCAUCAACCUCAAACAACAACAUGAACGAUGUUGAUCGUUUGUUCGCAUGCUUCAAAUGCGGUUUAUCACCCCCUAAAUCUGCUUUGAUUGAAAGAAAAAGGAGGAAAAGGAAAUUGGAGAAGGAAAUUCCAAAGAAUGGGUCACCGGGAGAAUGUUCAAAUCCAGGAUCAAUUGGAGGAGAAGAGAAAACUCCGUUAUCUUGCAUCAAAACAACAAAUGUGGAAUCUUCUAUUGAGAAACUUAAAUCAGCAAUAGCUAAAGCAAAAAGCUCUAGUAAUCGGAAGCAGAUCUCGCCAGUUGUAUUCUACGGUUCUCCUCAUGGUGUGCCUCCGAAAAAACCGACCCGUUUAUGGAGAUUGUUGCAUGAGAUACGUAUUGAUCUCUCUCAGAGGAAAAAACUGAACUUAAGGAAGGAAGUAUGGUCCACAUUCCCAAGGCAGGAUGAAGCAAUAAACUUUGCCAAAGGACAAGAAGAUGUCCAUCUCUUUAGUUAUCAAGAUCACUUCAAUGGCCAGAGAAGGUUCCUUGCGUCUACAUAUACAGAAUUCUGGCGAAGGUACAAAAACAUGGAUUCAAAAUCCCGUCAUCAUUAUGAAGUGAUUCAAGAGGGUUUACCAUGCCACCUUUAUUUUGAUUUGGAGUUUAAUAAAAGAGUCAACGUAGGAAAGAAUGGAGAUGAAAUGGUUGAUCUUUUGAUAUCAAUAGUUCUAGAAGCCUUACACGAAAAGUAUGAAAUCCAUGGAGACCACGAUUGGAUAGUAGAACUCGACUCUUCAACUGAAGAUAAGUUCUCUCGCCAUCUAAUAAUUCGCAUACCAAAGGCUGCUUUUAAGGAUAACUCCCACGCAGGUGCAUUUGUUUCAGAAAUAUGCUCAAGAAUUCUAAACGCAAGGGGGAAAGAUAAACGUUGUGAAAAAUUGUUUAUAGCAAAAGAUUCAAGUACCGAUGAAUCUGCUUACCAACUUUUUGUGGAUACUGCUGUAUAUACUCGGAAUCGUGUUUUCCGUCUUCAUCUAUCUUCAAAGGCAGGAAAAAGUUCAAUUCUUUUGCCAACAGAGAGAUUUAAGUGCAAAAACUUGAGUGAAGAAGACAUGUUCAUGGCUUCCUUGAUCUGCAACAUGGAUGUUGAUUGUGGAAAGCUUCUGGUCUGCAAACCAGACUUAGAUUGCGUGAAGACUCUGCAUUUUGAUACAGAGUUGAAUUAUAAUGUUGGAAACUCUGUCCAAAUGCAUCCAGAAUUUACAUUGAAUACUUGCACAAGUGAUGUUUCGGGAACAUACUUCAUGGGAAAGUCACCAUUCCCAUUUAUCGACGAAUUUAUAUUAUCGGUUGCCUCUGUUGGGAAUAUACCAGGAAAAAUUCAUAGUUGGUAUUUAUUCUCUGAAUUUGGACUGAUGGUCUACAGCAUGACAAAAAACAGAUACUGUGAGCGAAUUGGCAGACAGCAUAAAAGCAAUAACGUGAUAUACGUUGUUGAUCUAAGAAGGGCAGUGUAUUAUCAAAAAUGUCACGAUGCUGACUGUAGAGGUUAUCGGUCUCCCUUGCGACCAAUUCCAGUUCACGUAUUCUCCAAUCCUUCAGUUGCUAUUGGUUCAUCUGAGAUGUUAGAUGAUAAAUAUCCAGUAGAUGAUGGGUGGGGAAGUCAACCUGAUGAUAACAACAAACCCAAUCUUCUACAAUACGAAGACACUGUUGAGGACAACUCCAGUGAUUCUUGGUGGCUAGAAGCCAUAAAAGUAGUUGAGGAUGUGGAGAAUAAGCAAACGGCAACAGAACUAAACACCAAGAAUGAGGAAAUUGAUGAUGGAGAUGAUGAUGAUGAGUGGUGGCUGGCGGUAGAAAGGACUGCAUCCCAGGCUGAACUGGCAUAUACUUCAACUAAUUCAGGAUGUUAGCGGCACAAUUCAGCUCGCCAAUGAGUUUUCGUGGCUCUCUACAUAAGAUCUUGUGGAUGAAAGGAGUUUCCGUGGCUCUCUACAUGCCGGAUCAACAAAAUUAGCUCCACUUGAUGAUUGGCGCCAGAAAAGGAGUUUGUUGCACUUAUCUGCAGCAAGCAACAUAAAGAUGAGAUCCUGAAAAGCAGAAAAGUUUGGGAGAAAAUCCGGAAAAUGAGCUUAAUGACUGAAGGAAAAUGAAUUCAAUUGUUGGAGAUACAGACUUCAAUUUUUGCACUGUCAAAACUACUGCCCAUCCCUGUUGAAGGGUUGUAGGCCAUGCAGAAUGUUUCAUGGUUGUGCAGGGCACAUGAAGACCUUUGCAUGCCCGUGUAAAGUGUGAUCACUUCUUGGCGGAUUUGGAUCAUCGACAACUGUGGCGCGGUGCACACCAGCUGCAAAGGAUUCAUUCACCAUUUGAACCUCUAUUGGGCCUUUUUGGAUCCUCUCCUGCAGAAAGUAAAAGGGAGGGACUAGAGAGAGAAAAGAGGGGAGGGUAAAAAAAGAGAGAAAAGAGAAGAGAAAUAGAGAGGAAGGAGGAUGCACAUUGUACACCAUACUUUCUAAGAACCUAUUUUGUUAUCUCAUCCUUUUUCUUUACAAAUUCAAAUCAUGGAUGUUAGAAUAUUAUAAAGGAUUAAAUAUGUUUGAGAUCCUUAUAUUUAUGCGACCUCAAGAUUAAACCCU